AUGAGAUUGAGACUGAGUGAAACUGAUAGUGAGACUGAGAUUAAGACUGAUAGUAGACUGAGAUUGAGACUGAGAUUCAGACUGAGAGUGAGACUGAGAGAGAGACUGAGAGAGAGACUGAGAGUGAGACUGAGAAGUGAGACUGAGAGUGAGACAGUGAGUGAAACUGAUAGUGACACUGAGAGUGAGACUGAGAUUGAGACUGAGAGUGUGACUGAGAGUGAGACAGUGAGUGAAACUGAUAGUGAGACUGAGAGUGAGACUGAGAGUGAGACUGAUAGAGAGCCUGGGAGUGAGACUGUAAGUGAGACUGGGAGUGAGACUGAGAGUGAGACUAAUGAGACUGAGAGUGUGAUUGUGAGUGAGAAUGAUAGUGAGACUGAGAUUGAGACUAAGAGUGAGAUUAUGAAUGAGACUGAUAGUGAGACUAAGUUUGAGACUGAGAGUGAGACUGUGAAUGAGACUGAUAGCGAGACUGAGAUUGAGACUGAGAGUAAGUCUGAGAGUGAGACUAGUGAGACUGAGAGUGAGACCGAGAUUGAGUUUGAGACUGAGAAGAAGGCUGAAACUGAGAGCGAGAAUGAGAAUGAGAGCGAGACUGAGAAUAUGAGUGAGAAUGAGACUGAGAGUGAGACUAAGACUGAGACUGAGAAUGAGACUGAUAGUAAGACUGAUAGUGAGACUGAGAGUGAGACUGAGAGUGAGACUGAUAGAGAGCCUGGGAGUGAGACUAAUGAGACUGAGAGUGUGAUUGUGAGUGAGAAUGAUAGUGAGACUGAGAUUGAGACUAAGAGUGAGAUUAUGAAUGAGACUGAUAGUGAGACUAAGUUUGAGACUGAGAGUGAGACUGUGAAUGAGACUGAUAGCGAGACUGAGAUUGAGACUGAGAGUAAGUCUGAGAGUGAGACUAGUGAGACUGAGAGUGAGACCGAGAUUGAGUUUGAGACUGAGAAGAAGGCUGAAACUGAGAGCGAGAAUGAGAAUGAGAGCGAGACUGAGAAUAUGAGUGAGAAUGAGACUGAGAGUGAGACUAAGACUGAGACUGAGAAUGAGACUGAUAGUAAGACUGAUAGUGAGACUGAGAGUGAGACUGAGAGUGAGACUGAUAGAGAGCCUGGGAGUGAGACUGUAAGUGAGACUGGGAGUGAGACUGAGAAAAGUGAGACUGAGAGUGAGACUGUUAGUGAGACUAAGAUUGAGACUGAGAGAAAGACUGAGAGUGAGACUGAGAAAAGUGAGACUGAGAGUGAGACUGUUAGUGAGACUAAGAUUGAGACUGAGAGAAAGACUGAGAGUGAGACUGAGAGUGAGACUGAUAGUGAGACUGAGAUUAAGACUAAGAAUGAGACUGAGAGUGUGAUUGUGAGUGAGAAUGAUAGUGAGACUGAGAUUGAGACUAAGAGUGAGAUCAUGAAUGAGACUGAUAGUGAGACUAAUGAGACUGAGAGUGAGACCGAGACUGAGUUUGAGACUGAGAAGAAGGCUGAAACUGAGAGCGAGAAUGAGAAUGAGAGCGAGACUGAGAAUAUGAGUGAGAAUGAGACUGAGAAUGAGAGCGAAAAUGAAAAUGAUAGUGAGACUGAGAGUGAGACUAAGACUGAGACUGAGAAUGAGACUGAUAGUAAGACUGAUAGUGAGACUGAGAGUGAGCCUGAGAGUGAGACAACUGUGAGUGAGACCGAGACUGAGUUUGAGACUGAGAAGAAGGCUGAAACUGAGAGCGAGUAUGAGAAUGAGAGCGAGACUGAGAAUAUGAGUGAGAAUGAGACUGAGAAUGAGAGCGAGAAUGAGAAUGAUACCGAGACUGAGUUUGAGACUGAGAAGAAGGCUGAAACUGAGAGCGAGGAUGAGAAUGAGAGCGAGACUGAGAAUAUGAGUGAGAAUGAGACUGAGAAUGAGAGCGAGAAUGAGAAUGAUAACAUAGAGAGGACGCGGCGCGAUGAAACAUCGCACCGCACCGCACCGCACCGCAUCGCAUAG